AGCCCCUGCGAUGGCUCUGUAGCCGCGAUCCCUCCGAGACCCCUGCCCGUCUCUGCGCUCACCACGCCUGCGUUCUCCGCUCCCACCUUCUUUCUUCAGCCGAGGCCGCCGCUGCCUCUCCUUUCAGCAGCCAUGGAGUCCUCCACUUUCACCGUGGUGCCUGUCUUCGCCCAGCUCAGCUACCUCCAGAGCCUCCUCCCAGUUGCUGGUGCAGCUUCCUUCAUUGCCAUCCGCGCCCCACACCUGUGCUGCAGCCAUGUCACUCCUGGCGACCCUGGGACUGGAGCUGGACAGGGCCGUGCUCCCAGCUGGCGGCCUGGGUUGGCUCGUAGACUAUGGGAAACUCCCCCUGGCCCCUGCCCCCCUGGGUCCCUAUGAGGUCCUUGGGGGAGCCCUGGAGGGCGGGCUUCCAGGGGGGGGAGAGCCCCUGGCAGGUGAUGGCUUCUCUGACUGGAUGACUGAGCGGGUUGACUUUACCGCCCUCCUCCCUUUGGAGCCCCCCUUACCCUCAGGUGCCCUCCCCCCACCGUCCCCACCCCCACCUGACCUAGAAGCCAUGGCAUCCCUCCUCAAGAAGGAGCUGGAGCAGAUGGAAGACUUCUUCCUUGAUGCCCCGCUUCUCCCACCUCCCUCCCCAUCACCACAUCUGCCUCCGCUGCCUCCGCCACCACCACCACCGCCGCCACCACCACUGGCAUCCUCCCUUCCUCUCCCCCUCCCCCUCCCUGCCUUUGACCCCCCCCAGCCCCCUGUCCUGGAUACCCUUGACUUACUGGUCAUGUACUGCCGCAACGAGGCUGGGCAGGGGGAUGUGGGGUUGGCUCCCCUUCCCCCAGCACAGCAGACCCCUCCUCCACCUCCACCCUCUCGCCCGGCCCCCUACCCCAAUCCUGCCACUGCCCGAGGGGACCGCAAGCAAAAGAAGAGAGACCAGAACAAGUCAGCUGCUCUGAGGUACCGCCAGAGGAAGCGGGCGGAGGGUGAGGCCCUGGAGGGUGAGUGCCAAGGGCUGGAAGCACGGAACCGGGAGCUGCGGGAGAGGGCUGAGUCUGUGGAGCGGGAGAUCCAGUAUGUCAAGGAUCUGCUCAUUGAGGUGUACAAGGCCCGAAGCCAGAGGACCCACAACAGCUAGAUGGGCAGGGGCUUUGGCCUGUAGGGGACGCUGGUCUUCAGUUCUGGCUCACCUCUGUCUCUGAGGCUGAGGUGGGAGGGUCCCUCCAUCCUCCCUCUGCCUCCAGCUGCUUUCCAACCUCCCCCUUUCUCCUUUUAUCCUCGUGUCCUCUCUUGUGCAUUUCUGAUUUUGCUCCCCUUCUCCCUCCCCAGUACCAGGGCAUGCUUGGCCUUCUCAGGUGACAGCUGAGGGAGGGAGGCCCCUGGGGAGUUCAGGGAGUAGGGGAGAGCUUGGAAACCUGGUCUCUGGAACAGCAGACUGAGGCCUGGAGCUGUGCAGAAUGACCCCAGAUGAGGGCAGGAGGGCUGCCUGGGGAGUAAGUCGGGGAGAGUGUUAAGAAUGGCACCCAUUUAGUAAGCAAAAGAAGCAAGCCAGGUGACCCUGGGAAACUACAUUUGGUCAGGGAGCCCAAGGGUGGCCAAGUUCAAAGAGCUGGUGGCUGUGGAGGUGGGGGCAGGAAGCAGGCAGGUGGGUGUGGCCAUAGUUGGCAAUUGGGUGUCCCUUUUAGCUCUGGGGGGAGAUCAAUGUUUGGUGAAGGUGCUGGGGCAGGGCUGCGUCUAGUUGAGGGAGGUCGGGGAAGUGAUUGAUCCUUUGGGGGCUUGUGGCAGAAAUAAAAUGAGGAAUUUCUUCC